AUGCUCUAAGAGUAGACAUUAUAAAUAGAAGAGCUAAAAAAUACCUACUUUUCACAGCUUAUUGGAGAGAUAAUAUACAUAUACAAAAAGCAGGAUUUUGGAAUCAUUAAUUUUUUCUAUAAAAUAAUUUUUGAUAAGACUUAUUAUCAGCUUACUAGAGUAGCUAAAUAUUCUGAAGUUGAGUUGAAUUAUGCAAUUGCAAAAAUGUUAUUGUAUCCAAUAAAUGGAAUUCAGAUAAAGAACACAAAUUAGGUAAUUUCUUUGAUUCCAUUGUUUUUAAUGUUUGUAAUAGGGUAAAAAUUGAAUAUAAAUGAUUGCAUUAAGUUAGAAUGUGAAAAUGAAUGGGAUUUAUUUCUAACAGCAGUAGCUAAAACUAUUAAUCAUGAGGAGGAUAAGGCCUUUGAUUAUUUAGAAAUGUUUCAUUCAAAAUUAGAAAUGUAGUCCAAAUAAUUUCUUGCCUUUGAUUUAGAGAAAACGAUGAGUUUAAUAGGUAGCUACACAAAAGGGGAGAAAUUGCUAAAAUUAUUGAACCUAAUGUUUUAUUAAGAUUGCUCUAUAUUUGCAGUGAGCUCAUAGAAGAGCUAGGAUGAUUUUAUAAAGUUUUAAGCUUAAAAAAAGUUUGAAAUCAUCAUCAAUGCUUUUGAAUUUAUCUAACUUAAACAUUAGAAGGAGAUUGAAAACACAAUUGAAGAAUCAAAAAUGAAAGUUGCUAUCUCCUUUUUAACAAAUAACUACGAUUAUGAUUACUUAACAGUAAAAUUUGAUCAUUUGCAAGCAGGUAUCCUUAUUUUUAGCUUAAUAUAAUUGGAUUACAAAUAGUUUGAGAAUUUCUUUUGCAUGAAACAACCUUCCUUGUAAGAGUAAUUGUUGGAUCAAAUUAUAAUCCUUGCAGGAAAUACAAAUAAAUUCUUUUUCAAUUUAGUCUUAGUUGGAAAAUGCUUGUCCAAAUUAAGACUUUGGGAAUAUGCAUUAGGCUUUUUUCAUAAAUUGUACAAACAAAUAUCAAAUUUACACAAAGAAAAAUUUAGAGUCUAUAUUUAUUAUAAAAUGUGCAAAAUUCAACUCUUGCAAGGAUAGAUUUAAGGUUUGUUGAAGAAGUUUAUCUACUUAGGUGACCUAAUGUAAUAAUAUCAAGAAAAGAAUGUAGAGUUUUAUUAACCAGGCAACAGAAAUCUCUAUAAUUCUUGUCUGUUUUUGCAAUUAUUAGUUAGUGCAUACACAAAAUAAAUAGAUAAAUUGAAACAUAUUACAAUAAAGAUUUCCACACUUCACUUAGUAAGCAAUCAUAAAAAUUGUUAAUAAAGGCCUUUUAGUUUGUUAUAGUAUGAAUUCUUUAGGCUUGUUUAACAGCAAGGUGUGAUAUAUUAGGAGAAAGAGGGCAUAAAUUAGUUGGAACACAUUUUAUAAGUAACGUAAAGAUGUUGUUUGUAAAGACACAAUAUUGAAUCUAAAAAGUAGGGUCUGUUAAAUAAUUUGAUUUCAAUUUUUGAUUCAACAAAUAAGAAAACUAAUCAGUUAAUUGAAAUUGGUAGCUACUAUAGAGCAAUAGAGGAGAUUCUGAUAAUCAAUGUACUGGUUCGCCAUAGAGAAAUUUACAUUCUGUAAUACUUAAAUCCUAACUUUUAUCCGUUAUUAAGAAUUUUUCUAGCAGAAAAAGAUUUCUUCAAUAAAUAAUUGAAAUCUUAAAUCUAUUUUUUUAUUCAUGACUUCAAACAAGCAUACAAAAUAGCAACUGAAAACAAUAACCACAAAAUGAUUGGGUAGGUUUUAGAAUAUUGGGGUUAAUAUUAAGAAGCAAUUGAAAAUUAUAAAAAAGAUAUUAGUCCAAGCUGCUUUUUUAAUUGUGCAAUGUUGUAGAAAAUCCAACUUGAUAAAAGUUCAUUAGAGAGAAGUUCGUUAGAAAAAAGUGGUUUUGAGAAAAGUCAAUAAUAGCAAGUGUAAUAAAAUGCGACAAAUAGUUUUAGAAAUUUGGCUUAAUCUCAAAAUUAGUAUAGAAUGAUUGCUUAAAUGUUUUAACAAGUGCUAUUAAGACGAUAUAAUUAAUAACAAGUCACAGAAAAAAUGGAAGGAGAAUUAGAAUAUGUCAACACAAUUGAAAUAGAUCCGAGAUUGACAUAAUCAACUAAAUUGCUGAAAUCAUAAUAAGAUUAAUUAGAGGAUCAAAGCAUUAAAUCAGGUGAACAAUCUACAACUGUUAGAAGUGAAAAUUCUAGAAUGAAUGGGUAGAGUAAGAUUGUUCAAUCAUAAAUAGCAGAUGGUGUUGAAAGUGAAACAAGCAGUGUUCUAGAUUAAAUAUCAAAUGAAGAGAAUAUUUUAUUAAAAAUGUAAUGGAAUUUUAAUUUUCCAAUAAGAAAGGAUGUCGAGUUUUUUUAUCUAAAUUUAAAGAGUGACAUUAUAACUGAAGAGGAUGGACAUUUAGAAAAAACAUUAGAUGAAUUUGUAAAAAAAACUUAGUUUCUGAAAUAUGAAAGCUCUGAGUUAUUCAACAACAAUGACUUAAGGGAGAAUAUUGGUAAAGGAGGAAAUAGUGAAGUUUACAAAUUCUGUUUUUAAGGGUAAGAAUACGCAGCCAAAAUCAUAUAGUUUGAGUAUAAAGGAUAAGGGGAAACCAUAAAUGUUGACGAGAAAUUGGAAAUUUAAAAUAAACUUUUAGAAAUCUGUAUAGUUUGCGAUGUCACUCUUUCAAAGAUUAAGUAUUGUUUAAAAAUUGAGCACUUAGGAUUCAAGUUUGAAAAAUUGUAAGGGUAGAAUAAAGUAUAUAAAAUAAUCCUUAUAACAAAACUCUACCAUAAUUAUCAAUAGUUAUUAAAAUGGGAAGAAAUUGAUAAAAUCAAAUAUGUUUACAAGUUGACUUUAGGACUAGCUACUUUACAAUUUGACAAAGAAUUGCUCCAUCUCGAUUUAAAACCUGACAAUGUUUUAGUAGAUCCAAUAAAAAAAAAUCCUGUAUUAGCUGAUUUUGGAUUAUCAAAGUAUUCUUAAGCCUCUUAUUUUCUUACUACAGGCGUAAAAUAGAUGACUAUAAAAUACAUAGAUCCCGAUUUGGUUAACAACAGCUAUUAAAGCAAGAAAAACGAUGUUUAUUCUUUUGGGGUUUCAUUAUUUUAAUAUUUUUCUGGAUCUAUCCCAUUUUAAGAACUUAAUUAUCAACAAGUUUAAGGAAAGAUUGGAGAAUUUUAAUCAUAUCAUAAAACCAUUAUUUCUGAAAUAAAAAAUGAACUGAUAACAAAGCUAAUUUUAGAUUGUACAAAACCUUUGUAAUAAAGAAUUACGUUUGUAUUGGUUUUAAAAAGACUCUUCUUUUAUUUGCAAUAAAUAAAUAAUCCUAAAGUAAAAUAAUUAAAUGAAAUGAUGUUUGAUCUAAUUGAAAUUUAACAAAAUAGGAGGAAUGUUAAAAAUCUCUAUACCUAUCUGAAAGUAAUGAAACGAUUUAUUAAGUACACAAAUUAUUUCGAACCAUUAAAAAUAGAAAAGAAAGUUCUUUAAUCUUACAUAAUAGUAAUUUCUAAUGAUUCUGGUAAUAGCUUUUCAGAAAUAAUAUAAAGAAUGAAACAAUUUAUAAACUGGACAAUAUUGAAUAAACAUGAAUUCAUAUUGAGACUUAUAGAUUUCAAUAUCGAGAUUAACCAAAUCAAUCAAAAUGAAACGGCGGUCACUUUUAAUUUUUUUGUCGAAGAUGCAUAAAAAAUUGGAUAAAACAAACUCGUGUAAUGGAAACCUUUUUUCAAAGAGAUAGCCACUAUCUUGCUAUAAAUUCACACUUCUUAAAUAUGUCUAUUAUAUAUACCAUUAUCAUAAAUAUACGAAACAAAUGGAAAGAUUAAAUUGAACUGUUUGGAUUAUUCAUAACAUCUUACAAUUGAUUAAAACUAGUUAUAUGAUCUUGAUUGCCAAUCAAUUGACCCUCAGAUCAAACAAUCAAAGAAAUUUCAAAUUCAAAACGACGUCUAUGCAUUUUGCAUAUUAAUCGAAGAAACAAUAAAAUCAAUUAAAUCACUGCUUGAUCAAUAUGAACAAGAUUAGAUUUCUAAACUAGAGCAUUACCUUGAGAUAGAAAAAGAAGGAAUAUCAUUAUAAUAAAUAAUUGACAAACUAUAAAAUUGA